GAGAGAUUGCCUUGCCUUCUAAUUUCUCCCUCUCCAGCCCCAGAACAAUGUCGAUGAGCCCUAAGCAUACGACUCCUUUUUCUGUUUCCGAUAUCUUGAGUCCUCUUGAGGAGAGCUAUAAGAAAGUAAGUAUGGAGAAUAACAACUUGGGGGCACCUCUCACUUCUUACCGGCAGCCGCAGGUCUCUCAGGCGGCGAUGCAGCAGCACCACAUGGGCCAUAAUGGGACUGUCUCUGCGGCUUACCACAUGACUGCGGCAGGUGUUUCUCAGCUGUCACACACGGCCAUGGGGGGCUACUGUAACGGCAACCUGGGCAACAUGGGCGACCUGCCGUCGUACCAGGACGGCAUGAGGGGCAGCACCACAGCCACCGGCUGGUACGGAGCCAACCCGGACCCGCGCUUCUCCACCAUUUCUCGCUUCAUGGGCUCGUCGUCGGGCAUGAACAUGGGCAGCAUGGGCAGCCUCAGCUCCUUGGCAGACGUGGGUAAAGGCAUGGGCUCUCUGUCCAGCACCCCGAGGAGAAAGAGACGAGUGCUGUUCUCCCAGGCGCAGGUCUACGAGCUGGAGCGACGCUUCAAGCAGCAGAAAUACCUGUCGGCGCCCGAGAGGGAACACCUGGCAAGUAUGAUCCACCUCACCCCGACCCAGGUGAAAAUCUGGUUUCAGAACCACCGGUACAAGAUGAAGAGGCAGGCCAAAGACAAAGUGUCCCAGCAGCAGAUGCAGCAGGACAGCGGCUCGUGCCAGCAGCAGCAGCAGCAGUCCCCGCGGAGGGUGGCUGUGCCGGUGCUGGUGAAGGACGGCAAGCCGUGCCAAGGCAGCGGCCACACGCCCACAUCCUCCGCGCAGACCCUCCACCAGCAAGGGGGCAACGUCAUGAUCAUGUCCAACAACACGUCCGGCCUCGGGCAGCACCAGAGCCAGCAGGUGGGGAGCACAGGUCACUCUCCAGAUUUGGCUCCGCACUCCUCCAGUCCGCCGUCCCUGCAGAGCCAAGUGGCCGGCCUGUCUCACCUCAACUCCCCCGGCGCAGAGUACGGCUCGGCCCUGCAGUGUUCGGCUCUGUUAUACGGCAGGACAUGGUGACAAGAGGCGCCCGCUAUGAUUUAAAACCAAUUCUUCUAUUUAAAGAAAAAAAACAGACUUUUUUUUUUCUUUCAAGACUCUACAAGUUCCACUGUAAAUGUGCGCAUCUGAACAAAAACCGAGAGAAAUCGGUGCAGCUCCUCUUGAAUUUUCACCUUUUUUGGAAGGAAAUGUGACUUAUAUAAAGGAAGGAAGGAGGCAGAAACACUUUUGACCAGAAACUGCGGAAGUCUUUGGAUUUAUUUAUGUAAAUUAUAUUGAUAAAAGAAGAAAUCAGCAGUCAUAUAGGCCGCAGAAAGUGAACCUUAACAGGGAACUGCUGUAUGUGGGUGCUGUUAACCCCCCACCCUCACCCCCCUCACAAACAC